AGAUCCAAACACGACUCGGCCGGUCCCUUAGGAGAGCGGACGGAUGUAUAUUGACACUUUUUGUUCUAUCAUUACAUAAAAAGAGCCACAUGUUGCCUUCUGUGACAGUGACUGACUGAAUGGAAUCAAUAGAGGACUAUAUUUGAAUAUCCCGCUCUGCCAGGCUAGUCCUCCGAGCUCCAACGAGGCGGAGAACGAGAUUCACGUCGCUCUCCCGUCCAGCACAGGCAUUGUAGGCAAGCUCUGCUGGCAAGGUUCACUGAAAGCGGACUAGCACUGGAACAACAUUUAAAAGCAACUUCGAAAAACUAUAUAAAGCUUUCUUUAACGAUAGGAGCCGAUACAGCAGAACAGUGUAUCUAUGUGGAGCAAUUAAUCCAGUUUUCAUUUUUUUCCCUGGAGAUGCGUCGCUUGGAAAAGUAUUAGCGGACAACGCUGCACAUUUAAGCCGGGAUGAGUGGGAGCUCCGCGGUGUCCGGCGCGGCACCCUGCCGCUUCGCCCAUUACUUUGCUAUUUGUGGGAUAGACACAGAAACUGGACUGGAACCGGACGAAUUAGCAGCUUUGUACCAAUGGCUAGAAGCAGACCGCCAAGGCAGGGAUCCAGAUACUGCAGCCACAGGUGAAAACUUUGAGCAGAGCCCCUUGAAGAGGACGUUCAAGUCCAAAGUUUUGGCACGCUACCCUCAGAACGUGGAGUGGAAUCCCUUCGAUCAGGAUGCUGUCAACAUGCUGUGUAUGCCUAAAGGCCUGUCAUUCAGGACGCAGGCAGACCAGCGUGAUCCACAGUUCCACUCCUUCAUCAUCACAAAGGAAGAUGGCUCUCGGACCUACGGCUUCGUUCACACCUUCUACGAGGAGGUGACCAGCCCACAGAUCUGCUCUGCCAUGCACACCCUCUACCAGAUGCACAACGCAGAGAGCACCCCUUCAUCCUCCUCCUCCUCCUCCUCCUCCAGCAUGGACUCCCUUGCCAGCAGUUUAGACGAGGCAGACUCCCCCACAUCCUCAUCUUCCUCCUCUCGCAGGGCGGGUGGCUACGACUCAUCGCGGGACACCCUCUACGUGUCCAAGGCCUUGUGUCUGAUCACGCCCAUGCCCUUCAUGCACGCCUGCCGACGCUUCCUGUCUCAGCUGCACAGGGCCGUUACUGCAGACACCGCCCCCCCGCUGCCACUGGAGAGCUACGUUCACAACAUCCUGUACGAGGUGCCGCUUCCCGCUCCGGGACGUUCGCUCAAGUUCCACGGUGUUUACGAGCCCAUCGUGUGCCAGAGGCCCGGGCUAGGGGAGCUGCAGCUGGCCGAUUUCCCACUCGCAGAGGCCUUUACUCUGCUCGGAGCGGAGAACCUGGUCCAAGUGUUCACCUGCACCCUGCUGGAGAUGCAGAUCCUUCUAUACUCACAUGACUACCAGCGGUUGAUGACAGUGGCCGAGGGCAUCACCACGCUGCUGUUUCCCUUCCAGUGGCAGCAUGUCUAUGUUCCCAUCCUGCCGGCCUCUCUUCUUCACUUCCUGGAUGCUCCUGUUCCCUACCUGAUGGGCCUGCAGUCAAAAGAGGGCGCAGACCGCUCCAAACUGGAGCUUCCUCAGGAGGCCAACCUGUGUUUUGUAGACAUUGACAACCACUACAUCGAGCUUCCAGAGGACUUUCCACAGUUCCCCAAUAAGACAGAGUUAAUCCAGGAGCUCAGCGAGGUGCUGCUUAGCUUUGGCCUUUCUGCCAACACAGGGGCCCCACCAAGGACCCGCACCAGUCCCAGCAGCGCUCCCGGCAGCACCCCCUCCACCCCUGGUAGGGAGCGUAAGACUGUGGCUCUCCGUCAACUGGAGGACGACGGGCGUAAUGGAAACCUUGCAGUAGAGGAGCUGGCUGUGCUGCAGCUGCUGCAGGGAAACGCCACCUUGGAAAGACUGCAAGCGCUGACCAAACGCACCGGGGUGACAGUGGCCCGUGUGGACGCCCUGAGGGCCGGAGUCAAAGCUCAGAGCACAGAGGGGCAAGGAGGCCGGACAGCAGCUGAAGAGGAGGAGCUUAGGAACGCCAAGCUGAACGUUCAGCUGAGGGAGGUGUUCGCCAGCCGCUUCACCACCAUGUUUGCCGACUACGAAGCCUUCGUCAUCCAGAGCGCCCCGGACCUGGAGUCCUGGCUCACCAACAGGGAGCAAAUGCACAACUUUGACAAGGCCUCGUUCCUGUCCGACCAGCCAGAGCCCUACCUGCCCUUCCUCUCCCACUUCAUUGAGACACAGAUGUUUGCCACCUUCAUCGACAACAAGAUCAUGUCCCAGUGGGAGGAGAAGGAGCCCCUGAUCCGCGUCUUCGACGCUCGCAUCGACAAGGCCCGCCUCUACAACGUCCGCGCUCCCAGCCACCGAUCCUCCAGCUACCAGAGGUGCUCCAUCCUCAAGGAGUCUGCUCAGGCCAUUGAGCAGCGACUGAUGAAGAUCGACCACACCGCCAUCCACCCACACCUGCUGGACAUGAAGAUCGGUCAGGGCAAAUACACCCAGGGAUUCUUCCCCAAACUGCAGGCUGACGUGCUCAACACGGGGCCGACCAAUAACAAGUGGUCUCAUAGGACGGCAACAGCUCAACGAAAGAAAGACCGUCACAGACAACAAACAGAGCAUCUGGCCCUUGACAACGACCUGAAAGAGCAGGGCUGUCUGGUUUUGCAGAACUCCAUGGCGUUUUGGGAGUGGGACAAAGCGUCCCCUCCGCCUAUCAAACCGCCUAAAAAAUCUGCCUCUGCGUCCUGCCUGAAAUACAUGCAGGAGGCCCGCAGCCUGGGGAAGAACCUUCGACAGCCCAAACUGUCUGAUCUGUCUCCCGCUGUCAUCGCCCAGACCAACUGGAAGUUUGUGGAGGGGCUGCUCAAGGAGUGUCGCAUGAAGACAAAGCGUAUGCUGGUGGAGAAGAUGGGCCGGGAGGCGGUGGAGCUGGGCCAUGGUGACGCCAACAUCACCGGACUGGAAGAAAACACUCUGAUCGCCAGCCUGUGUGACCUGCUGGAGAGGAUCUGGAGCCAUGGGCUGCAGGUCAAACAGGGGAAGUCGGCCCUGUGGUCCCACCUGCUGCACUACCAGGCCCGAGAGGAGAAGCUGGAUCAGUCAGAGUCGCCAGUGUCACAAGUUCCUGAGAGGAGAAAGUCUGACUCUUUCAUAGCGAUGCCGUCUCUACGUGUGUCACUGAUACAGGAUAUGAGGCAUAUCCAGAGUAUGUCAGAGAUAAAGACAGAUGUGGGACGAGCGAGGGCCUGGAUCCGUCUUUCCCUUGAGAAGAAGCUGCUCUCUCAACACCUCAAACAGCUGCUGUCUCGACAAGCCUUAACCAAGAAGCUGUACAAACGCUACGCGUUCCUGCGCUGUGAGGAGGAGAAGGAGCAGUUCCUCUUCCACCUGCUCUCUCUCAACGCUGUCGACUACUUCUGCUUCACUAGUGUCUUCACCACCAUCGUGAUCCCGUAUCGAGUUGUCAUUAUUCCCAUCAAGAAGCUGAGCAACGCCAUGACCACCUCCAACCCCUGGGUGUGUGCGUCAGGAGAGUUGGGAGACUCGGGCAUCAUGCAGAUCCCCAAGAAUGUCCUGGAGAUGACCUUUGAUUCUGCUUUCAGGCCUCACACGCACAUCUCCGCCUUGUUCAAGUGUCAGAACCUGGGGAAGCUGACCACGGUGCAGCUGGGCCAUGAUAACGCUGGCCUACUGGCUAAAUGGCUGGUGGACUGUGUGAUGGUUCGCAAUGAGAUCACAGGACAUACCUAUAGGUUCCCCUGUGGUCGGUGGCUUGGUAAGGGCGUGGACGAUGGGAGCUUGGAGAGGGUCCUGAUUGGUGAGCUGGUGGUGCCCAGCGGAGAGGAGGAUUCUGGAAGAGGCUGCCGUACACCCCCGCUGCAGCGCUCGCCAUCCCAGAGCAGACGCAUCAGCAUUACGUCACUGUCUGGAAGAGGAUAUAAACCAACUUCAGCCCAAAUCCAAGAGGCUAUUGGGGAGUCCGUGAACAACAUCAUCAAACACUUCCACAAGCCAGAGAAAGAGAGAGGCAGCCUGACUGUCCUGCUGUGUGGAGAGAACAGUUUGGUGGCGGCUCUAGAACAGUUCUUCAAUCAUGGCUUCAAGUCUGCCCGGCUCUUCCAGAAGACUGUGUUUGUGUGGGACUUUGUGGAGAAGGCUGUUGCCUACAUGGAGUCAGCAGACCAGAUGGGAGACCUUCAGGAGACCGCGGAGCCCUUGGGGAUGACCUGUCAAUCACUCUGUCACUACGUCAACUCGAUCAACUCCACCCCCAGGAACAUCGGCAAAGAUGGGAAGUUCCAGCUGCUGGUCUGCCUUGGAGCCAGAGACCGUCUGCUGCCCCAGUGGCUCCCCCUGCUGGUGGAGUGCCCACUGAUCUUGCGGAUGUACGAGGACACGGCCCUGCUCAGAGACCGCUCCACUGUCAAUACCCUCAUCGGAGUCCUGGAGACGAUCCAUGACUUCCCUAUCACACUGGAAGCUUCGCUGGUCAAAGGCAUCGACCUUUAGCACAAGGAGAGAUCACUGGGUUGCACCUCCGCUCUACAUUUUCCUCUAAAACUUCCCCUCGCUUCCACCAACUUCACCCACUCUUCCACUUUAAGCCCAUUGGCUCUGGGGUUAGACACAGGACCUGGGAAGGAGGACGUGAGAGACAAGUAAUGAAAACUGAAGACAUGUUUGGUUUCCAAAGCAAUACUUCAUGUGUGAAGGCAAGACUUUGGUUCAGCUAUAAGUUUGGAUGCAGUAUUAUUACCCCACCUGUGGCUCCUAAAUACCCUUUUUAAUUCAAUUACAGCUAGUGCUUAAUCAUGUUUUAUUUCAUGAACCAUGCUGUAAAUCCCAAUUACUUGACAAAUUUCUACAACGUACUAUUCUUUUGAGGUUAAUUGCAUUUCAGGCAGCUAUUGGUUUCACUACUAACAUAAGGCUUGCUGUAAGGCCACCCCCUGGCUCUAAGCUUUAAGCCCAUUUCAUGCCGGAGAUGUAAA